AUUACUCCGAAUUGGGAGAACUUCCCCCGAGGUCCCCGUUGGAACCGGUGUGUGAAGAUGGCCCCUUUGGGCCAGUGAAGGAAGAAAGGAAGCGAACGCCCCGGGAGCUUCGGGAGCUGUGGAAGAAAGCCAUUAUCCAGCAGAUACUGCUCCUCAGAAUGGAGAAGGAAAACCAGAAGCUACAAGCUUCAGAAAACAAUUUGCAGAACAGACGUUUGAAACUCGACUACGAAGAAAUCACACCGUGCUUAAAAGAUGUGACUUUGAUUUGGGAAAAAAUGUUGAGUACACCUGGAAGGUCAAAGAUUAAAUUUGAUGCAGAAAAAAUACACUCCGCUGUUGGGCAAGGGGUCCCACGUCACCACCGCGGGGAGAUCUGGAAGUUUCUGGCAGAGCAAUACCAUCUUAAACACCAGUUUCCCAGCAAACAGCAACCAAAGGACACGCCUUACAAAGAGCUCCUAAAACAACUCACUUCCCAGCAACAUGCCAUCCUUAUUGACCUCG